CUCAGAAUUCCUUCAUGUCCCGGCAGUCUUCUUCAGCCUCGACUGCUCACUCAACCGAACUGUUGGGUGAAGACGACUCCGGCGAUCAGACUUCUGUCCCGGGUCCUGAAAGUAGCGAGACGCUGAGCCCCAGGUCAAGCAGCAUUGAAAUCGAUAUUUCCCUUGACGAACCGCCACCGACUGGUCAACAUACAAAUAGGACCCUUUGGAAAGUCUGA